CGCAGAUCACAGAUUUCACCAGGUAGUUCCCCUGAAAGAGGAAUAUGAAGCAAAAAAAAACACAACUUGGGAUAACAGAGGCUAAAAUUCUCCACAUGAUCCAAGAGAGACAAAGAAAAGUCCACGAGCUCAAACAAUCUUUAAAGCUCAGCACAGAAGCUGCAGACAGAGAGACAGCAAAUGGUGUUCGGGUCUUCUCGGCUCUGAUUAAGUCUCUGGAAAGAGCUCAGGCAGAGCUAAUCGAGAUGACUGAAGAGAACCAGAAAAGGACAGAGAAACAGACCAAAGUUUAUAUCACAGAGCUGGAGCAGGAGGCCUUUGAGCUGACAAGGAGACGUGAUGAGAUGGAGGAACUCUCACGCUCUAAAGACCGUCUUCGUUUCCUCCAGAGCUUCCCGUCCCUGAAAGCUGCUCCACCCACCAAAGACUGGACAGAUGUCAGCAUCUGUCCAGCAAUAUACGAGGGAAUCACAAGGACAGCUUUGGUGAAAGCUGUGGAUGAGCUGACAGAGACCAUCAAAAAUGAGGUGAAGAUGAUACGGGACGCUCAGUUCAACAACAUUCGGCAGAAUGCGGUGGAUGUUACUUUGGAUCCCGAUACGGCACAUCCUGCUCUCAUCGUGUCCAAUGAUGGGAAGCAAGUUCAUUGUGAUUAUGAAUGGAAGGAACUGCCAGACAGCUCAAAAAGAUUUGAACCUGCAAUUUCUGUUUUAGGGACACGAGGCUUCUCCUGUGGAAGACUUUACUAUGACGUCCAGGUUAAAGGAAAGACUGGGUGGACGUUAGGAGUGGCCAAAGGGUCGGUCAAUAGGAAGGGAGAAAUUAAACUUAACCCAGAGAACGGCUACUGGGCUAUAUGUCUGAGGGACAGAAAUGAGUACUUUGCACUUGCUGCCCAUCCUGUCCCUCUCUCUGUGAAUGAUCACCCAGAGAAGGUGAGAGUUUUUGUGGAUUAUGAGGAGGGUUUGGUUUCCUUUUAUGAUGUAAAUGCUGCAGUUCUUCUUCACUCAUAUACUGGCCAAACCUUCACAGAGAAACUUUAUCCAUUUUUCAGUCCUGGUAGUAGUGACAGUGGCACAAACACUGCCCCCCUAAUCAUCACUCCUGUCAAACAGCAAAGAUCGGACUAA